GGGACAGGCACUUCCAUGGACUCACGGAGUACGGAGUUAUUCGUUUUUCACCUGGCUUUUAAUUUCUCUCCUUCCUCUCUUCUCCCGGCUCUCGAAUAUUUACCAGUCCAUUCCUCCUCUCUUCUCGUGUAUUGACACCUGAAAUCCCUGGUAAUCUAACUCUGGCACGGCGUCUGGUUGUGGUGGUAUGCUCCCUCUGCCUGCUGCACCCCCCCUGGUCCUCUACUGCUACCCUGUCCAACCAGCUGCCAAUGCCAUUGAAUGCUGCUGACACUUCUCCCAUCUUGAACAGGCUCAUUCUUUGCUGACCACCGCAUUAUCUACUCUCUUCAUCCUUUCCGUUAGUUUGACAAUCCGCUUCUCUACGUCUCCUCCGGCUAGCCUCUUCACCUGCCGUAUAUACUUCCCCGUCCUUCCACUAUCACCUCCCCACCAACUACUCUCGUUCUUGCAUCUCCCACGAUCGCGCUUUUAAGGCUGUUCAUUCCCUUGUCCUAUAUGGGAGGGUUGUAAUUCAUAAUCCAUCUACUGCAUCAUGGGCGUCCCCAACGGAACCGCCAAAACCAAUGGCCACGCCAGCCCCAGGGCCGCAGAAUAUAACCUCCCUUCACAUUUUAUCGGUGGGAAUCGCCUCGAUGUGGCUCUUCCCAGUGCUGUGAGAGAUUUUGUUGCCCAACAUGAAGGGCACUCCGUCAUCACUUCGGUUCUCAUCGCAAACAACGGUAUUGCCGCUGUCAAGGAGAUCCGGUCGGUACGGAAAUGGGCGUACGAGACAUUCGGAAAUGAGCGGGCUAUUCAGUUCACGGUCAUGGCAACGCCGGAAGAUUUGCAGGCCAAUGCAGACUACAUUCGUAUGGCAGAUAAAUAUGUUGAGGUUCCGGGAGGUACCAACAAUAAUAACUAUGCUAAUGUCGAACUCAUCGUUGAUAUUGCGGAGAGAAUGGAUGUCCAUGCCGUCUGGGCUGGAUGGUAGGGCCCCUUAUUCAUCCUUAAAUUCCCUUCUCUGACGGAAUUGUAGGGGUCAUGCCUCCGAGAAUCCUCGAUUACCAGAAGCACUGGCCGCUUCCCCGAAGAAGAUCCUUUUCAUUGGACCGCCGGCCUCCGCUAUGCGCUCACUAGGUGAUAAGAUCUCCUCGACCAUUGUUGCCCAACAUGCCGGCGUCCCCUGCAUACCAUGGUCGGGAACUGGCGUUGACGCGGUAAGAAUCGACGAAGAUGGUAUUGUCACCGUCGAGGAUGACGUCUACGAUAAGGGAUGCACACACUCCCCGCAGGAAGGUCUUCAGAAAGCUAAGGAGAUCGGCUUCCCAGUAAUGAUUAAAGCUUCUGAGGGUGGCGGAGGAAAGGGUAUCCGGAAGGUGGAACGGGAGGAAGAUUUCAUUAACUUGUACAAUGCGGCUGCAAAUGAAAUUCCGGGCUCCCCGAUUUUCAUCAUGAAACUCGCAGGUGACGCUAGGCAUUUGGAGGUGCAACUGCUUGCUGAUCAGUAUGGAAAUAACAUUUCCCUGUUCGGCAGAGACUGCUCCGUUCAGCGAAGACAUCAGAAGAUCAUUGAGGAGGCCCCUGUCACAAUUGCAAAAUCAGACACAUUCCAGGCCAUGGAACGCGCUGCGGUCAGCCUCGGAAAGCUGGUCGGUUACGUUUCAGCCGGUACUGUUGAGUAUCUGUACUCUCAUGCAGAUGACAAGUUCUACUUCCUUGAAUUAAACCCGCGUCUCCAGGUUGAACACCCUACCACCGAAAUGGUAUCAGGUGUUAACCUACCGGCUGCUCAGCUCCAGAUUGCCAUGGGUAUCCCAUUGCAUCGCAUUCGUGAUAUCCGUCUUCUCUACGGUGUUGACACCAAUACUUCCUCGGAAAUUGACUUCGACUUCUCCAACCCAGAAAGUUUCAAGACACAGCGCCGCCCCAAGCCAAAGGGUCAUACAACCGCUUGUCGGAUUACCUCUGAAGACCCUGGUGAGGGUUUCAAGCCGUCCAGUGGUACCAUGCACGAGUUGAACUUCCGGAGUUCAUCCAACGUUUGGGGUUACUUCUCCGUUGGUACUGCGGGUGGUAUCCACAGUUUCUCCGACAGUCAGUUUGGUCAUAUUUUCGCCUACGGCGAGAAUCGUUCGGCUUCCCGCAAGCACAUGGUUGUCGCCUUGAAAGAAUUGAGCAUUCGUGGAGAUUUCAGGACGACCGUCGAAUAUCUAAUCAAGUUGCUCGAGACUCCGGCCUUCGAAGAGAAUACCAUUACAACUGGAUGGCUGGACCAGCUCAUUUCUAACAAGCUGACCGUAGAGCGGCCAGAUCAAACAGUCGCCAUCAUCUGCGGAGCAGUCACCAAGGCCCAUACAGCGAGCCAGGAGCGCAUCGCGGAGUACCGUAAGGGGCUCGAGAAGGGUCAAGUGCCUUCCAAGGAUGUCUUAAAGACCGUCUUCCCCGUAGACUUCAUUUACGAAGGCUUGCGGUAUAAAUUCACCGCCACGAGGGCGAGCACGGACAGCUAUCAUCUCUUCAUUAAUGGCUCCAAAUGCUCUGUCGGUGUGCGUGCUUUAGCGGAUGGCGGUUUAUUGGUACUGUUGAAUGGACGCAGCCAUAACGUCUACCAAAAGGAAGAAGCUGCUGCAACCCGCCUGAGCGUAGAUGGGAAAACCUGUCUGCUUGAGCAAGAGAACGACCCCACCCAGCUCCGUACACCAUCACCAGGGAAGCUCGUCAAGUUCACCGUAGAGAGUGGUGAGCACGUCAAGGCGGGCCAGCCAUUCGCCGAAGUCGAAGUGAUGAAAAUGUACAUGCCUCUGAUUGUGCAGGAAGAUGGAAUUGUGCAGCUCAUCAAGCAGCCGGGUGCCACGCUGGAGGCCGGUGAUAUUCUCGGAAUCCUUGCUUUGGAUGACCCGUCCCGGGUCAAGCAUGCCCAGCCGUUCACCGGACAGCUUCCUGAUCUCGGCCCUCCUCAGGUGGUGGGUAACAAGCCCCCGCAGAGGUUCUUCCUGCUGAAUAGUAUUCUCGAAAAUAUUCUCAAGGGCUAUGACAACCAGAUGAUCAUGAAUGCCACCCUGAGAGAACUUGUCCAAGUUCUCCGCGAUCCUGAGCUUCCUUACGGCGAAUGGAAUGCCCAGGCAUCUGCGCUACAUUCUCGCAUGCCUCAAAAGCUUCACGCACAACUUCAACACGUCAUUGACAGAGCGAGAGCACGGAAGACCGAAUUUCCCGCUAAGCAGCUCCAGAAGACGAUUUCUCGAUUUAUAGAAGAAAAUAUCAGCGCAGCUGAUGCGGAGAUUCUGAAAACGACUCUCCUUCCUCUUACCCAGGUUAUCAAUAAGUACUUGGACGGGCUAAAGACACAUGAGCACAAGGUUUUCGUUGACCUGUUGGAGCAAUACUACGAAGUUGAGAACCUCUUUUCCGGUCGCCAUAUGCGGGAUGAAGAUGCCAUUUUGACGCUGAGAGAUGAGCACAGGGACGAUAUUGAUUUUGUUCUCCGCAAUGUCUUAUCACACAGCAAGAUUGGUGCAAAGAACAACCUUGUCGUUGCAAUUCUGGACAUGUACCGCCCCAACCAGCCCCAAGCUGGUAAUGUUCAGAAGAACUUCAAGCCGAUCCUUAAAAAGCUCGCAGAACUGGAAUCUCGGGCUUGUUCAAAAGUCGCACUCAAGGCACGUGAGGUUCUUAUCCAGUGUGCUCUCCCGUCUUUGGAGGAGAGGCUCUCGCAGAUGGAACUCAUCUUGCGUUCCUCUGUUGUAGAGUCGACCUAUGGCGAGACCGGUUGGGACCAUCGUGAGCCUAACAUUGGCAUCCUAAAAGAGGUGGUCGAUUCAAAAUAUACCGUUUUCGAUGUCCUGCCACGUUUCUUUUGUCAUCCUGAUCCUUGGGUCACAUUGGCCGCUCUCGAAGUGUAUGUGCGACGCGCGUAUCGAGCGUACAUUGUCAAAGGGAUACAGUACAAUGCCUCUAGCGACCCUCCGCUACUUUCCUGGGAUUUCAAGCUUGGGAAACUUGGACAACCUGAAUUCGGCACUGUCUCAUCGACGCAUACCUCAACUCCCAGCACUCCAACAUCCGAACUAAGCAACCCGCUUAAGAGGAUCAGUUCCAUUAGCGACAUGUCCUAUCUACUUAAUGAUUCCGGAAAUGAGCCGAUGAGGAAGGGUGUCAUUCUCCCUGUCCAGUAUCUUGAGGAUGUCGAGGAGCACUUCUCUCGGGCAUUAGAGGCUUUCCCGCGUUUUGGCCUGAAGGGUAGAAAUGAAAAUGGUCUUCUAGCUAACCUCGAAGCCAAGCGGAGACCUGGUUUUAGGGCCGAGAACGACAAUGAGCUUACCAAUGUUUGCAACAUUGCGAUUCGCGAUAUAGAAAAUCUUGAUGACAAGGAGAUUGUCUCACAGAUUAACUCUCAACUAGCCAACUUCAAAGAAGAGUUGCUUGCUCGCCGGAUCCGCCGAGUCACUUUUAUAUGUGGGAAGAAUGGAGUCUACCCGGGUUAUUUCACCUUCAGAGGACCCAAGUACGAGGAGGAUGAGAGUAUCCGCCACAGCGAGCCUGCCUUGGCCUUCCAGCUUGAACUAGGCAGGCUGUCCAAAUUCCGUAUUAAACCCGUUUUCACCGAGAACCAUAACAUUCACGUCUACGAGGCUAUUGGCAAGGGCCCAGAGAACGACAAGGCUGUCGACAAGCGCUACUUUGUCCGUGCUGUGGUGCGCCCUGGCCGCCUCCGUGAUGAUAUUCCUACAGCGGAAUAUCUGAUCUCGGAAGCGGACCGCCUGAUGAACGAUAUCCUCGAUGCACUAGAAAUCAUUGGUAACAAUAACUCUGACCUCAAUCACAUCUUUAUCAAUUUCUCUCCUGUCUUCAAUCUACAACCAACUGAUGUGGAGGAGGCCUUGGCCGGCUUCUUGGAACGAUUUGGUCGCCGCCUCUGGAGACUACGUAUUACAGGUGCUGAGAUCCGUAUUCUGUGUACUGACCAGGCAACUGGCCUCCCCUACCCACUUCGUGUGAUCAUCUCCAAUACAUAUGGAUUCAUCAUCCAGGUGGAGUUGUACGUUGAGAGGAAGUCCGAGAAGGGCGAAUGGAUCUUCCAGAGCAUCGGCGGCACCAACAAACUUGGUUCCAUGCACAUGCGCCCAGUUUCGACACCCUACCCAACCAAGGAGUGGUUGCAGCCUAAGCGGUACAAGGCCCACAUUAUGGGCACACAAUAUGUGUACGAUUUCCCGGAACUCUUCAGACAGGCUUUCCAGAACAGCUGGACCAAGGCCAUUGCUGGAAUCCCAUCGCUAGCCGACCUCAGACCGCCAGUGGGUGAAUGUAUUGACUACGAGGAACUCGUUCUUGAUGACAAGGACAACCUCGUUGAAGUCGCUCGGGAGCCUGGUACGAACACACAUGGUAUGGUCGGGUGGAUUGUUACUGCACGCACACCAGAGUACCCUCGUGGGAGACGCUUCAUUAUCGUUGCCAAUGAUAUCACCUACCAGAUUGGAUCCUUCGGGCCCGCCGAAGAUAAGUUCUUCCAUAAGUGUACCGAACUUGCUAGGAAGAUGGGUAUUCCACGCAUUUAUCUCUCUGCAAACUCUGGUGCACGUAUUGGAAUGGCCGAUGAGCUCAUCCCUUACUUCUCUGUGGCAUGGAAUAACCCUGAGAAGCCAGAAGCUGGAUUCAAAUAUCUAUAUUUGACUCCAGAGGUCAAGAAGCACCUCGAUGCAACCAAGCAGAAACAAGUUAUCACAGAGCCCAUCCAUGAGGAUGGUGAAGAGCGCCACAAGAUCACUACCGUUAUCGGGGCCAAAGAUGGUUUGGGCGUUGAAUGUCUCAGGGGAUCCGGUCUCAUCGCUGGCGCGACCUCGAGGGCUUACGAAGACAUCUUCACGAUUACUCUAGUGACUUGUCGAUCAGUUGGUAUCGGUGCUUAUCUCGUCCGUCUCGGACAGAGAGCCAUUCAAGUCGAGGGCCAACCGAUCAUUUUGACCGGUGCUCCUGCCAUUAACAAGCUUCUUGGCAGGGAAGUCUACUCUUCGAACCUACAACUUGGUGGAACGCAGAUCAUGUACAAGAACGGUGUUUCACACAUGACCGCCAACGACGACUUCGAGGGUGUACAGAAAAUCGUUGAAUGGAUGUCCUUCGUCCCCGACAAGAGGGGCGCACCCAUCCCCAUCCGUCCCUGGUCGGACAACUGGGAUCGCGAUGUUACCUACUAUCCUCCAGUUAGAGAGCCGUAUGACGUUAGGUGGCUCAUUGGUGGUAAGGAGGAUGACGAGGGCUUCCUUCCUGGUCUGUUUGACAAAGGCUCUUUCGAAGAAGCUCUUGGCGGUUGGGCUCGAACCGUUGUUGUUGGUCGUGCAAGACUCGGUGGCAUUCCCAUGGGUGUCAUCGCUGUUGAGACACGCUCUGUCGAUAAUGUCACGCCAGCUGAUCCGGCCAAUCCUGAUUCGAUGGAGGUAAUCACCACUGAAGCUGGUGGCGUGUGGUACCCCAACUCUGCCUUCAAGACUGCCCAAGCUCUCCGUGACUUUAACAAUGGAGAACAGCUCCCAGUCAUGAUUCUUGCCAACUGGAGAGGUUUCUCGGGUGGACAGCGUGACAUGUACAAUGAGGUCCUUAAGUAUGGCUCCUACAUUGUUGACGCUCUGGUCAAGUACGAGCAGCCCGUCUUCGUAUACAUUCCUCCAUUUGGUGAACUCCGUGGUGGUUCUUGGGUCGUUAUUGAUCCUACAAUCAACCCGGACCAAAUGGAAAUGUAUGCUGAUGAAGAUGCACGUGGUGGUGUCCUUGAACCCGAGGGUAUCGUCAACAUCAAGUUCCGCCGUGAGAAGCAACUGGACACCAUGGCCCGUCUAGAUCCCGCGUAUGGUGAACUCCGCCGCUCUCUCGAAGACCCGUCUCUUAGCAAGGAACAACUUUCAGACAUCAAAGCCAAGAUGGCCACUCGCGAGGAACAACUGCUCCCAGUAUACCUGCAGAUUGCCUUGCAAUUUGCUGACCUCCACGAUCGUGCCGGCCGCAUGAAGGCCAAGAACACGAUUCGCGAGGCAUUGACCUGGAAGAACGCUAGGCGUUUCUUCUACUGGCGUCUCCGCCGCCGUCUCAGUGAGGAACUUAUUGUCAAGCGUCUGAUCACAGCCUGUCCAAACCCCGAUCCUCGCGCUGCUGGCGGCUCUCUCCCCGCCACUGCAUCACCCCGCAGCAUCCAUCUUCGUACUCUCUACGCUUGGACUGGCCUGCUUGACGAGGAACUGGAGCGUGAUGAUCGCAAGGUAGCCACAUGGUACGAGGAGAAUAAGAAACUGAUCCAGUCGAGAAUCGACUCAUUCAAGGUUCAGAGCGCCGCGACCGAAGUUGCACAGCUCCUAAUCAACAACAAGGAAGGUGGUCUUAAGGGCGUCCAACAAGUCCUGAGCACACUGCCCGUUGCAGAAAAGGAGGCAGUGCUUAAGUAUUUGGCCUCUGGUUAAGAAUACUGGGAAGUGUCUGAAGGGGUUGAAAAGGGAAUAGAGAGGAAUUAUUCAUAGGAAUUUAAUGAGCUUCUUUUUGUUUUGAUGUCAUGCUAUUAUAUUGUCUCUUUUCCCGUCAUGCAUUUCGAAGCAUCGAUUGGAUUGGAAUGGAUUGAGUCUUGGUGUUAUGAGAAUUUUGUGUAUGCUUUCUUUGUUCCCUUAUCUUUCCGUUUUUAUGAAACAAUUAAGAUGAUGGAUGCAUUUUACUUUAUUGAUUUCAUUCUGUAUUUCUGUUCAUUUUUAGGGUUUAUUGAGAAGUAUGACUGUUAAGGUGGUGAACAUCCUUGAAAUAGGUGCAAGUAUCCUUCGUGGUCGACUCGGAGCAAUUUAAAUUAGCCCUUCCACGGGGUAUGAAUUAUUAAUUGACCCUUAAUCGUGCCUACACCGCCUACCUACCCGUGUUCCCCGUGUAGGUGCGCCCAAGUUCAAUGGCAUUCCAAGUUCAACGUCACUUUUUUGAAUUCAAUACCUAACUACACAUCUAAACCAGUGAUAUCUUUAUAAAUAAGUGGCUCACUAUCUGAACCCACUAUGAAGCCUUCUAGAGCUUCUUUUUCAGCCUCAUUUAAUGACGCUUUAAGGCGGUGGUUAGCAUCUUUAAUAGAUAAAUCACCUCCUGUCUGCAAUGACUGCUGAGAUUUUUUUCCUGUUUGGGCAUUUGUUAGCCUAAAGCAACUCCUUGAUAUCCUGUUGGUGUUGAGCUGCCAGCUCAGCUUGAAUGAGACUGCCUGUGAAUAUAUGGUUUAACCUGCCUCAUAGGUGGUCAUUUAUAAUAUCAUGAACUUCCUUAGAUGCUUUAUCUAUCGCUUUCUGA